UCCAUGACACGUACAACUAACUCACCAUGACAGUUACGAUAACCCCCCGAAACCCACCCCCAUUAUCAGAACUCGCACCUAUAAUCGAACGCGCCCUCUCGCAAAACUUCACCCACGCAUCUGCCUCUGUCACUCCAUGCCCCGAUCUGCGCAACGCUCCCUUCGGCCUCGCUGCUCGCGGUCUAUGCGGCGCCCCCCGCAUCGCCGAUGUAGGCGGGCAGCCAAAUCUCUUCCCAACCCCCAAUUUUGAUGCCAAAUUCGAUUUGUUAGCGCUGGCGCGUGAUAUGCAGAUGGAUCCCGCGAAAGGGUUUGUUCUUGGUGCGGGCGCGGCGCCGUUCCAGGAUAUCGGGCAUAAUGCAGAACUGGCGCCGAAUUUGGCUUGGAGGGGGCAGGGCCUAUCGCCAGAUCUCAGCGAUGGGGAUUCGUUGCAUGUUACGAAUGGGACGAGGGUUGUUGAGGUUCUCCAGUCUAAUUCAACGUUUGGGGAGGCUAUAAAGUGUCGUCCGUCGCCGAGCACGAACUGCGCGCUUAUGGUGAAUUUAUUCGGAUCUAGUGGAGAUCCAGGACUGGUCCUUAAAGUCACUGCGCGGACUAGAACGGGGGUAGAGAAUUUCACUAAUACCAUUCGUGCUGGUUUACUGCAAGCAUAUGGUGAUUCGAGACCGGUUAGUUUGGGAGGUGUAUUCUUGCUUAAAUCAGGGCGGGCAAAGUUCCAUGUCAUGCCUGAUUUCCCACCGGCUGAGGAGUUGCCGUUCAAGGAUCGGAAACUGCUUGAGCAGGAGUGGUUGAGGUAUCAGACUUGUGAGGCGCCGGUGGUUUGCUUGACGGUUUUCCACAGUGCAGACCCGGAGAACUUGGGCUUGAGGAUGGAGCAUACCCAUUGCUUUGACCUGGAGGGAGAUGAAAAAGGAGGUCACUAUCACUAUGAUGUUGAGGGGGAGGAUGUGGAGUACGAAGCUUAUCUUAAUGUGGCUCAGAGUGUAUAUAGGAUUAAUCGGCCCGGAUAAGCCAGUACUGAUGUCUACCUGACGAGGUUAUUUUAUUGUAUGCAAAUCACAAUAAACAAAAGAGCGUACAGUAUGUGUUUGAAACACACAAACUAGACCAAUAUGAAAGACCGCAUGGCAAUAUUAUGUUGCCAGCUACUCAUCGCCGGUUGCAUACUCGCCCGUCGCGAUCUUCUCGCUCAGCGCCUCGUUGGCAGUAAUGUACUCCUCCACAUCAGGGCGCGCCUCAAUCAGAAGAUCAGCAACCAUGCGGCCGAAUACUACUCCACCCGCCUCAUUGAUAUGGGUGCCAUCGCCCUCACUCAAGUCAUAGGCUGCCGCAUUCUCGGCUCCAAUGGCGUUGACAUAGUCG